UUUUUCUCCUCGCAUGAUGUGCAAGCAAAAUCCGAACAUUUCAGGAACAUUUAUUCAUAUCUUUCAUUCAGUUUAUUAAUUUAGAUACAAUGGUGGACAGUGGUGCAGUUAGACACAACUAUCAGUGAUUUGGGACUAAGCACUAUAUUCAGAGCGGAAAGCUUACAUUAAUGGAGUUUUAAACCUUGAAGCGGACGUCAAUGGUAAUGAACUUCCGGUUUUAUUUUUCCACCAGACUUUUGCUCGAAAAAUUGGGCAGGACAUAGGAAUUCAGUAUUGCAAACGAUCUAACUUUGAACUCGAUUUCCACUCAGAAGUGCUCACUUUGUAAAGUUUUGUAAAAAAACAACAACACUUUAAAGUAGUUUGUCAGUGAUCAAGGAAGUGGAUUUACUAUGUUGUAGGAGUUUUCUUAUGUAAGACAAAAUUGGAAAAGAGGCAACUUAUGAUACGAAAGCAACACCAUCAUGAGACAUAAUCGUCAUAGAUUAUUUACUUUAUUUAUUGUCAAUUUUACUAUUUUCUUAUAUAUAUUAUAUACGACUCGGGAAAAAAUACUACGCAAUAAAAUUAAUCAUUCGGCAUACAGAAGAAGGAAGAAAAUCAUUAAAAAGUGUAACAAACAAAGUAAACAAUUACCGAUAAUAUCUAAAACUCGUUUAUUUUAUUUUUUGCGAAAUUAUGGGGAUCAAUAUAUCAAAAAUUGUGGUAUAUUGCCCCAAUUUCUGUAUCAGAUUAAUAACAUUGAACAAAAAAUAAUUACAUAUACUGCACAACUUCCCUCGCGACUCCAUGGUGGCAACACGGAUGGUCAACCACAUGACGGAGAAGCUGUGUUUCCUGGUCUCAUUAUAGCGAAUCUGACACAGGAAGGGCUAAGGAUAGAGGUUCCAAGGGGUCUCCUACAACCCAACAAUCCUUACAGGGCAAUUCGUGCUGUUGUCCGAACCGAGAGUAUUAGAGAAACGGAAUCAGAAGCGCACAACAGAGGUGUUACAGAUAUUAGGAGAGCUGCUUAUAACAGCAAUAUUACAGAUAAUUUGGAUGGUAUGGCUGCUUGUGCGGCAGCAAGACAAGUUGAAGUAACAGAGAACACAUCCGUCAGUAAUUGCUGUCCUAAUGAAGGUCGAAGUCUACACGGUAGCCAGAGAGAUAUGAUAGCAGUCCAGGUUUAUCGCCACGGAACAAACAUUACCUUUAAUGUUCCAAGAGGCACACUUGUCGACGAUUUAACACGUUCUGCAGAAUUUAUAACAAGGGUAACAUCUAAGUGGAACAUUACGAAAUGUGACCUGCAGAACAUGGUACUGAGAGAUCACAACCAAGUGAUUGAUACAUUAGAGACUGACUGUAAAAUACGCUUGGAUAGAGGUCAUAUGGAUCUGUUUCUAAAUUAGUGUCAAAGUGCACAGUGACCUACGAGUGGAUUGACAUUUCUGGUUACUCACUGGUGGGUGCCACUCUUGAUGUUAUUUAAUUCAAUCCUAAAACUAGGAUGUCGCGUAACAGUUCCUUGUGCCGGCAAUCUUUAGGGUUUAUCGUCCAUGCUAUAGACAAGAUAAUAGGAAGGCAGAUGAAUAAGGAGACAUCGCUGAUAAGGAAGCAUAUUGAAGUUGGAAAGGAAACGAUAGGGAUUCUUAAAGUUGUAAAUAGUUCAGUA